GCGCUGCUGCCGGUCCCUGCGGUUGCCCAAGAUGGCGGACCGGCGGCGGCAGCGCGCAUCGCAGGACAGCGAGGACGACUCGUAUUCGGCUGCCUCUGGCAGCGCUGACUCGACCACCAGCGCCGCCCGGUCCCGUUCGGGAUCCGGUUCUCCACGCCGCGCCGCCGGGGCCCUCAGCGCGGGGCCGCGGGGCCGCGAGGCCGAGAGCGUUGCGGGAGGCGGGCCCAAGAGCGUACUCGAGUCCGAGUGUGAAAGUGAGGAUGGUAUUGAAGGAGAUGCUGUGCUCUCCGAUUACGAAAGUGCAGAAGACUCAGAGGCGGAAGAAGAGGAUUACAGCGAGGAAGAAAGUGCCAAAGUGGAACUGAAGCAGGACAGUAAUGAUUCCUAUGAGUCAGCAGCAAAAGCAGAGGAAGGGAAUGAGAAACCUGACUCCAAAGGUGCUGUGACUGGGGAGAGGCAAAGCGGGGACGGGCAGGAGAGCACUGAAGCUGUUGAGAAUAAAGUUGGGAAAAAAGUUCCCAAGCACCUGGACGAUGAUGAGGACCGGAAGAACCCAGCCUACAUCCCACGCAAAGGGCUCUUCUUUGAGCACGACCUCCGAGGGCAGAUGCAGGAGGAGGAGGUCAGGCCAAAGAGCCGCCAGCGGAAGCUGUGGAAGGAUGAGGGCCGCUGGGAGCAUGACAAGUUCCGGGAGGAUGAGCAGGCCCCCAAGACCAGGCAGGAGCUGAUCGCCCUUUACGGCUAUGACAUCAGGUCAGCUCACAACCCUGAUGACAUCAAACCCAGGAGGAUGCACAAGCCAAGAUUUGGGAGUCCUCCUCAGCAAGACCUAAACUCGUCCAACGAGAAGCCAAGCAAACCUCCACGGCACCAAGGUGCUGACAGCGCUUUGGCUUCCCCACAAACCUUCAACAGGAGCUCUGCAGGCAUGGGCAGGAUGCCCACUCCCAGGAACUACCCAAGGAUGGGAGGCUACAAAGAGACCCGCCCAGGCUACCGAGCAUCAGAAGCAAGUGUCCAGCAUCUCUCUCGAAAGGGUGAGCCAAUGAAACAGGAGAGUGGCUACCGAGCCAAGCGAGGCGAGCAAAGCCCACAGAGGGACAAGUCACCUGAGGUGGAACGUGUCCACAGCAGCCCCGGGAAGGAAGAGGUUGCUUUGGAAACCCAACCCACAGCUGCUGAUGCUGGGCAGCCACCACCAGACAGACCCAUUGAAAAGAAGUCUUAUUCCCGGGCAAGAAGGACCAGAAUUAAAGCUGGGGAUGCUGGGAAGCUGCCAGAUGAAGCACCUUCUUCAGAAGGGCUGACUCCUGUGCCCUCAAAACCCAUACAAGCCAAGACGUCUCUCCCAUCAGCCAAGAGCAGUAACUGGGAGUCACCAGUAGAACCCAUCUUGGAUGGACUGGAGCAGGAGAUGACCCAAGUGAACCUGACGGAGCAGAACUGGGCACCAAGGCAGUCGCAGUUCAUACAGCCCCGGGAGCUAAGGGGUUUUCCUAACCACAUACACGUGGGAACUGGGCCACCACCUCAGUUUAACAGGAUGGAGGAAAUGGCAGUGCAAGGGGGCCGUGUGAAACGCUACUCGUCGCAGCGGCAGAGACCACCAGUGCCGGAGCCUGCUCCUCCCAUGCACAUCAGCAUCAUGGAAGGGCACUACUAUGACCCAUUACAAUUCCAGGGACCAAUCUACACCCACAGUGAGAACCCAGCCCCGCUGCCACCCCAAGGGAUGAUUGUGCAGCCAGAAAUGCAUCUCCCUCAUCCAGCUUUACAUCCCCACCAGACACCAGCCCCUAUGACAAACCCUGGCCUCUACCCUCCACCAGUCUCCGUGCCCCCAGGCCAGCCCCCGCCACAGCAGCUGCUCCCACCAACUUACUUCUCCCCUCCUGGAGUCAUGAAUUUUGGGAAUCCUGGCUACCCCUAUGCCCCAGGAGCACUCCCCCCUCCACCUCUUCCUCAUCUGUAUUCCAACACACAGGGAAGCAGCUUACUGGGAGCCUGUGAGCUGUUACAUCCCCUCCAGCUCUGUCCUAAGCCAAGGACACCUUAAAAAUUGCUUUGGAAGUGCUUCGUGUUUGAGAUGGAGGCAGGAAGCUGGAAACUGGCAAGUGCUGUUCUUUGGCACCAGCUGAGAGAUCCCCCAGCAUGGGGAUGGCUUUACUUGCUCCACGUCUGGCCUCGGAUCUGCAGAAGCUGCUGUGCAGCAAGGAGAUAGCUCUCUCUCUCUAGCUCUGAUGAGGCAGCUCUCUGCGGGUGCUGUGGUAGGACCCGCGGCUGCGGUGGUCAUCAUGCAGCGGCACACGGCUGACACGCAGUGGCGAGUGAGAGAUGUGCACCCUGUAAACUCUCUGACCUUCCUUGCUCCCCCCUGCCCCAUCAUGGAAUCUGCCUGUUUUGGGGGCAAAUCUCAAGCUGGGAGGGAUCUUGGUGUGAAGGGGAACAGUUAACUGCCAUGUCUGUAUAGACAAACAGUCUCUGCUGUUGUUGCAAAGCACAGACAUGAUCUGGCAGUUGGGAAGCUCUGUGGGGGGAAGGGGAAACCCAUCUGCUGCAAACAGGCUAUACCUGCCCACCCUGCCAAGAGUGGGGAGACCCUGGUAAGGGGUCGGGGAAGCUCCUGGGAGCUGUGAGUGCUUGCUGUUUGCUAUAGCUUUGGGGAGCAUGGCACAAAUCGACCCCCAUCCCCUUUCAGUGCUGGGUGGGGGCAUUUUUCACAGCCCAGGGCAAUGCUGUAAAGGCUGUCUGGGACAUGGGGUGCUCUCACAGAGGGUGCAGCUUUCUUGCUCCCCCCAAAUGCAAAGAGCACUGACCCUUCUGCUCUCUCUGGGGAGCACAGGCCCAGUCCCAGGUGUACGGAGGGGUCACGUACUACAACACUGUCCAGCAGCAAGUGCAGCCCAAGCCUUCUCCACCUCGAAGGAUAUCCCAG